CUUCUGGCCCCUCUACGGGUGGGGGUUGUGGACAGAGAGAGAGACAGAGACGGAGAUAGUAUAUUUAAGAGCCUCUGAAUGAGUCACAUUUCUGAGAGCCUGCCUGGCAGCAAAGAGAGAAAGAUGAAAACCCACCAGGUGCUGGCCUUCCUCUUGCUCUUCGUGAUUGCCUCCGGGGCUUCUGAGAACGCCAGCACUUCCCGGGGCUGUGGACUGGAUCUCCUCCCUCAGUACGUGUCCCUGUGCGACCUGGACACCAUCUGGGGCAUCGUGGUGGAGGCGGUGGCUGGGGCAGGCGCCCUGAUCACGCUGCUCCUGAUGCUCAUCCUGUUGGUGCGGCUGCCAUUCAUCAAGGACAAGGAGAAGAAGGACCCCGUGGGCCUCCACUUCCUCUUCCUUCUGGGGACCCUGGGCCUCUUCGGGCUGACUUUCGCCUUCAUCAUCCGGGAGGACGAGACCAUCUGCUCGGUCCGCCGGUUCCUCUGGGGCGUCCUCUUCGCGCUCUGCUUCUCCUGCCUGCUGAGCCAGGCGUGGCGCGUGCGGAGGCUGGUGCGCCACGGCAAGAGCCCCUCGGGCUGGCAGCUGGUGGGCGUGGCGCUGUGUCUGAUGCUGGUGCAGGCCAUCAUCGCCAUCGAGUGGCUGGUGCUGACCGUGCUGCGCGAUGCCAAGCCAGCCUGUGCCUACGAGCCCAUGGACUUCGUAAUGGCCCUCAUCUACGACAUGGUUCUGCUCGUGGCCGCCCUGGGGCUGGCGCUCUUCACGCUGUGCGGCAAGUUCAAGAAGUGGAAGCAGAACGGGGCGUGCAUCCUGGUCACAGCCUUCCUGUCCGUGCUCAUCUGGGUGGCCUGGAUGACCAUGUACCUGUUUGGCAACGCCGAGCUGCGGCGGGGAGACGCCUGGGGCGACCCCACCCUGGCCAUUACCCUGGUGGCCAGCGGCUGGGUCUUCGUCAUCUUCCACGCCAUCCCGGAGAUCCACUGCGCCAUCCUGCCAGCGCCGCAGGAGAACACGCCCAACUACUUCGACACCUCGCAGCCGCGGAUGCGGGAGACGGCGUUCGAGGAGGACGUGCAGCUGCCACGCACCUACAUGGAGAACAAGGCCUUCUCGAUGGAUGAACACAAUGCAGCCCUCCGAACAGCGGGAUUUCGCAACGGCAGCUUGGGAAACAGACCGAGCGCUCCAUUCAGAAGCAACGUGUAUCAGCCCACUGAGAUGGCCGUUGUGCUCAAUGGAGGGACUAUCCCAACUGCUCCGCCAAGUUACACUGGAAGACACCUCUGGUGAAAGACGUUAAGUUCCAGAGAAUAAGAAUCUCUCUUACCGAUUUUAUUCCCUGGCUGUGUCUUUCUUGAGGGAGAAAUCAGUAACAGGAGCCGAACAAGGCUGCCUCACAGCCGGGAGAUCUGGAAAUCCUACACAAGGGGAUUUUGUGUAAAUGUGAACACUGCUGAACCUAAAAGCUAACACCGACUGCCCUCCGUCCCCUGCCACACACACACACACACACACACACACACACGUAAUACCAAACCAACCUCAAUCCCUGCAAACUAAAGCAAAGCUAAUUGCAAAUAGUAUUAGGCUCACUCAAAAAUGUGGCUGGGAAGACUGUUUCAUCCUCCGGGGGUAGAACAGAACUACAUUCACAGUCGGUGGACCGGGCUGGUGUUGGCUGACUGGGGAAGUCCCCACACCACCGCCCCUCGGCAGCAAGGGCUGGACCUCAGGUGGCCUUUUUUGAGACGACUGUUUCACGGAGAGGACUAAUGGGGACUUAUCCACCAGCUUGCCUGUUGGUUUGCACAUUUCAAAGGGGUCAGGAGCACUUAACGGAGUUGUGGGUGUGAUCCUGGGGUGAGGCCCAGCCAAAUCACAGCAUGAGCUUUACAGCAGUAGUGGGGGAGGGGCCCCAGCCUGUGCCAACGAAGAGAAGGCUAUCUGGGAGUUGAAGUGACUGUCGCAUUUAAAAAGUGGUGACCCACCACUGUUCCCUCUCUGGGCCUCCUGCUGCAGGUCUACGGCAGAAAAGCAUGCCCACCUCCCUCCUUGGAGCCAGAGCGAUAUUCCCGCUUGGGGCAACAGUCUUUUUCCCUCGAUGAGCUCUCGCUCCUCCUGUUCUUGCCCUGCUCCCCGACCCCAGAGCCCUUUCCCAGUUUUAUUUCCAUGUUCAUUUCCAAAGCUCAGAUGGGCUGUCAGCUGACAGCGCCCCCGCCCCCCGGUUGGCAGGCCAGAAGGCAGGUGCCACAGUGAUUGUCUGUGAUGAUGUCACAUGGCAGGGCUUCCCAGGGGAACCGGGACACUCUGCUGCCUAGCAUGCAGUGAGUUCUCAGGUGUUAGACGUUGACGGAGUGCAAGUUCCAGGGACGGCUGGAGCACUCCAGAGAGGUUCUUGCUGCUUCUGGAGGGUAUGUGGGACAUGUUGUGACUUGGUUUUCUGUGAGUUCCAUGCAAAUGGUUCUCUUCAAAGCCCAUUGUUUCUGUCAUGGUUUCCAUCUGUCCUAAGCAAGUCAUUCCUUUGUUAUUCAGCAUUUCCAACAUCUCGGCCAUUAAAAGCCCCAUGUUCUCUGCACUGUUUGGCCAGCAUAAUCACUAGCAGUGACACAAAGCAAAGAGUUUUAUCUUGACGGCAUGAAAUGUAUAAAUGAGGGUGAGUCCUUUGGCAUAUACUCUAAUGAUUCUAUUGCUUUUUCUAUAAAACAACCCUUAAGCCUUUAACCUUUAAAGAAAAUGAAAAAGGUUAGUGUUGGGGGGGGGGUGGGAAACUGACCUCUUCAUAAGCCAAUAUGUCUGAGCUGUUUUAAUAAACCUUCUGAUUUUUCUCAAGGCCCUAGUCUCUGCUGUGUCCCGUCCUUGCCAGGGCCCCCUUCCCCACCGCAACCUUGCAGAGCGACGGGGGAAACCAGGCUAAUUUGGCCUCCCUCCGUGGCUCUCCUUCAAGUUUUCCAUCCAGCUAGUGCAUUUCCUUGUGUUGCCACGCAUGAGGAAGAAAAAGCAUGGCACCAGAAUGCCACCCCCUACCUGACCUUUGGGAAACAGCCCACCCCUGCCCAGAGCAUGUGCUUGCUUCUAGAGAAUCAGAUUCCAAUCCUCUCUUGAGGCGCGUCAUUGGCGGACUGGAAACUGGGAAUAUUGGGGAGGAGAGGGAGGGAAAUAAGCUAGGACCCGGGGUGGGGAUGGGGGUGGUGGUUGCAUGCAGACCCAGGAUUGUGGAAAUACAGAAAUCUCCAAACGCCUCGGUCCAGUCCGGUGAAAAACCACAGCAAUACACAUUCUCGUGCCAGGAAAUGGUUGCUUACCCCCGCUCUCUGGAGUCCUUUGGAGCUCUCUGAUCCCAUCAGUGAUUCCGUCUGCAAGAGCCCCCCCUCCCCCCCUUGCAGAAGGGAGCAAUUCACCCGAUCGUUUUCUCUCUCAGUUCUUGGUGGUCCAGGCGGAUAAGGUGAGCACAGCAUAAAUGGCUACAAGGGGGAAAGUAACGUUUCAUCAACAUAACCACAGAACCAGCUUUGCGCCAUGGGAGACCUCACUUACGGAGACCUUUUCUCCCCCCCUUUCUUUUUAAUUCUCUGAUACGUUAUUGCGCUUCUGGAUUUUGUUUUAUUUUGGCUUUAAGGUUGAGAGUGGGGUGGAUGCCCUCCCAGUGGGGCAGAGGUGGGGAGUGAGGGCGGAGAGCAGAGAACGGGUAUUUUCCUAAUGACUCCACCUGAAGGGUACAAAGAGACCUCUUUGCCAAGAGACUGGUUGCCAGCUGGCCCCGCGGAGCAAACUUUAAAUACAAAAUCCAGUGGCAUCUCUGUUUAUGGAAACAACACUUGUCGAGGGAAAAUGACCUGAAGGAGAGCAUCUGUGAUCAAAAUACCUAAUUGUAAGCACAAAUCUUUCUGUGUCCGGUUAUUAAAAUCACUCUGGGACUAUAACAGCCACGCUUGUCUCUCCCCCCACCCCCCCCCCCCGCCUUUUAAUAGAAAAUGGUCAUUCUAUCCUGGUUACCUCCACUGGAUGUGGAGGCAGUGAGGGAAUCAGCUCAGAGAAUUGACAAACUGGGGAAAUGUGGGGAUCCCGUGCUUUUAGCACAGACUCCGUCUGGGCCCAGCAAACAAGGGUAAACUUGGGGUGGUCUUCUAGGUCGGCCAGUGCUGAGUUGAACCCUAAACUGAAGGGGGAGUGUUGUGGCUUUUAUAAUCCAAUGAUGCAAUGAUUACACCAGCUUACAAGAGUUCUGAGCAGGUGCUUUUUAUUAAUUGAUAAAGAGCUAAGGCUCGUUUUUGAUAGAUAAUAUAUAUUUAUUAAAUGUAUUAAUGUGUGUUUUAUAAUGUACCUUUAUCCUCCCCUGGCUGACUGUUGCAUACUUAUUAAAAAAAACAAUCGUUAAAGAAACUUCAAGACAAUCAACGUGUACCAUAAAUGACUGUAUAUAAACAUGACAAAUUUAAAGGUUGUCAAGCAUGGGCAGAUAGGUUUUAUUUUCAAAAUGCUGUUCUUAACACAAAAAUAAAGGCUUUCCUAUUUACUUAA